UUUUGGACUUUAGCUCUUGAUCGACCUGGCUAGUGAGGCAACACAUAAAAACUCUAAAUAUCUGGAAGCGGACUGACAUUUUGCACUAAUCAAUGGUGUGCUGAACAGUGCAACACUUGGCUCAUUUUGAUAACUUAAGCUUCACUGUGGUGAUGGCUAGCUUUGAUGACAUUCUGGAGGAGGCCGGGGCUUUUGGCCGCUGCCAGAAGCGUAUCUUCGCUCUGCUCUGCCUCUUGUCAUUGCCUUUUGCAGGGGUAUAUGUUGGCAUCGUGUUCCAGGGCUUCACCCCCGAUCACUGGUGUCGGGACUCUGCGGUGGUGGAGAGGAGGCAGGCGUGUGGAUGGGGUCUGGCAGAGAGUCGAAUGCUGAUGGUGCCUGUGGUCAACAGCUCUGGAGUCCUGCAGCCGAGCACCUGUGAGCAGUUCCAGGUGGACUGGAACACCACAGAUCUCACCUGUGACUCCAAGGAGCUGAACCUGAGUGGAGUUCCAUUUACAACAUGCAAGGACGGCUGGGAGUAUGACUAUGAAGGCAGGAAGUCCUUUGUCACAGAGUUCGACCUGGUGUGUUCAGAUGGAUGGCUUGUGGACAUGUAUCAGGCCACGCUCAAUCUGGGCUUCCUGGUUGGCAGCUUUGCUUUUGGCUACUUUGCUGACAGGUUUGGCAGGAAGAUCAGUUUCCUCAUGUCCAACAUUUUGAAUGCAGUAGCGGGGAUCAUACUGGCUUUGGCUCCUAACUACAUCUCCAUCCUGGUGAUGAGGACCAUCUUGGGCUUGGGAGUCAAAGGAAACUGGAUGACUGCAUAUGUGCUACUCACAGAGAUCGUUGGAGUGGAAUACAGACGGACGGUGGGCAUCUUGUUCCAGAUGUUCUUCAGUGUUGGCGUCCUCAUCCUCCCUCUGCUCGCCUAUUUCGUCACUGAUUGGCGAUGGCUGCAGGUCAUCAUCACUGCACCCUACAUCUUCUUCCUCGUCUACUACUGGUUCGUCCCAGAGUCUCCGAGGUGGCUCCUCUCACAGAACAGGCCAGCCCAGGCUCAAGAGAUCACUGGAGCUAUGGCCAAGGAGAACAAGAAGACACUGUCCAGUGACUUUGAGACACUGAUUAAUGAUGAAGGCGAUUCCACCUCUGCCUCUUUGCUGGACCUGAUCAGAACUCCAAAUAUGAGAAAGCACACUCUUAUCCUCAUGUUUAACUGGUUCACCAGUGCUGUGGUUUAUCAGGGCCUCAUCAUGAGGGUGGGGAUAGCAGGAGGAAACGUCUACCUGGACUUCUUCAUCUCUGGCCUGGUGGAGUUCCCUGCUGCCUUCCUCAUCCUCUUCACCAUUGAACGCGUCGGCCGACGCCUACCUUUUGCCACUGCUAACAUCAUAGCCGGAGCUUCCUGCAUCAUUACUGCUUUCAUUCCUGAAAACAUUCAUUGGUUAAAAACGGUGGUGGCCUGCAUCGGUCGGCUGGGGAGCACCAUGGCCUUUGAGCUCUUGGUGUUUGUUAACACUGAGCUCUACCCAACGUUUGUCAGGAACCUGGCAGUGUCAGUGUGUUCCACUCUGUGUGAUGUUGGAGGCAUCGUAUCUCCCUUCAUGCUCUACAGACUGGCUGCCGUCUGGCUGGAGCUGCCACUCAUCAUCUUUGGAGCUGUGGCGGUCAUAGCUGGAGGUUUGGUGUUGCUGCUGCCUGAAACCCGAGGAGUUCCUCUCCCAGAGACCAUUGAUGAUAUUGAGUUCCCUAAUCAGAAGAAGGCGAAUCAAGAACUGAAGAAACCUUUAAAAUCAGACCUGACAAACGACAAGGAAACAACUGUUUGAUUGUUUUAUUUUAGUUUUCAAACAAGGAAAUUACUCUUUACACGUUCUCUAUAAAGUAUGACUUUCGUCAGUUUUUUUGAA